AUGGCAGAUAGUCUUUUAGGAAUCCGGCUGCACACAGCCAGCGGGCCAACCACCGUGGCGGCGCACGGGUUGACGAGCGGCAUCGGAGGGGGAGGAGCCCUGGGGGGUGGUCAGAAUGCGUCUGAUUCUCACAAUGCGACUCCGGCCACGAGCCCAAUCCGAUCGUCUGUUCAUCAGCAUGCGCUGACGCCUGCUGCUGCUGUCUCGGGGAGGAAGCGCAACUUCGUUGGCGCCGGCUUUGACAGCUCGCCCGGGAGCAUUGACGACGGCGACGAUGCCGAGGAGAAGAAACGCCAGCCGGUUAAGCGCGCCUGCAAUGAAUGUCGUCAACAGAAGCUGCGAUGCGACGUAGUACAGGAUCCCUUCACUACCUGCUCACGCUGUCGCCGUCUAAAGCUCGACUGCAAGAUAGAGACCAACUUCAAGCGCGUUGGCAAGAGGAGUCGCAAUGCUGAGAUGGAAAGAGAGAUUGUCGAGCUCAGGCGGCAGAUUGCCAACGUGAGCGCCUCCAAUGCUUCGUUAAAGUCUCAGGUCACCCCGGGCAAGCAGGAUGCUUCUGCCAUGUCGACUCCAAUGAGCAAUCCUACCAUGUACCAAACCCCCACCGGCUUGUCCACAGACCAGUACAUAGGCUCCCACGAGGCUGUUGCGUCUCUGCUCGAUUUGCGGUCCGGCUUUGACGGGACCAACUAUCUGAGAAAUGGCAGUCAUCAGUUCAAACGCAUUGAGGAUGUCAUGGUUGCGACAGAUAGGAUCAAUGAACUGUUCAAUCUGUUUUUCACCUUCUAUCACCCCUUUCUGCCGUUUCUUGACCGUGAUACCACUCCGGACGAAUUCUACGCGACUUCGCCACUCCUUUUCUGGAUGAUUAUCAGCGUUGGGGCACGCCGCUAUCAGACUGAUGUGCAUCUGAUGACUUCGUUGGCCGGCCCAGUGACUCGGCUGGUCUGGAGUACUCUGGCAGAUAUACCUCAAAGUUUCCACGCAGUGAAGGCACUCUGUCUACUUUGCGCGUGGCCUUUUCCGACAAGCAGUACAUCAACCGAUCCAACAUUUAUGCUGUGUGGAAUGAUGAUUCACGUGGCCAUGCAACUCGGCCUUCAUCGACCGUCUCACACACAGGACUUUUCUAAGUUCCGGGUGGAACUGAUGGAGACGGAGCUGCGGGACAAGGUGCGCACAUGGGCUGUGUGCAACAUUGUGGCACAGAGGGUGGCAACUGGUUAUGGACAACCCCCUUCGACGCUGUACGAUUGGACAUUGUGUUCGAGUGAGAGUGUCGAUGUCAAUUUCCAGCUUCCCGAAGACAUCAAAGUAAGACUCCGGGUUGAAGAGUUCAGCGACAAGGUUACGAAUACGCUGUACAACAAUCGUAGAGACCCGGUCGGCCUCGCUGAGGAUAGGGAGAGGUCCUCCCUGAUUUCUUUUUUAUCGAGGGACUUUGACGAUCUGGAAAAUCAGCUGCAGUCGGAUAACGAUGUCAUCACCAACCUCUACUUGCGAGCUGCAAACCUCCAUCUGCGACUUUGUGCCUUUUUCGAUGACCCAUAUUCAAAGGACUAUCGCGAGCGUCUCUUGUCAUUACACUCGGCUGCAUGCACAUUUUUGGAAUCUGCCUUAAAUCUGGAAACUAAUGUGGGCCCCGUACUUCCGUACACCCCAUAUUACUUUUUCCAGAUGAUGCUCGCGGGUGGAUUCACCUUGAUGAAGCUCUGCAAGAGUUUUUUCUCUGCGCAUAUUGACAUGGAGUACACCAAAAGCCUUUUCAACCGGACCAUCUGGGCGAUUCGGGCUAUUUCAGUCUCGAGCAACGAUCUGCCUGAACGGCUGGUCGAGGUUCUCGCGCAGAUGUGGAGGCAAGGGGGUGCGCCGACCCCGCGCCCAGCGUCAGCAUCUGCUGAGAUCGAUGACUCGCUGCAGCUCAAAGUGAGGUGUCGCAUGGGCAUGUCUCUUGUUUACGACUCGGUAUGGAGGUGGCGAGAGGACGCCCUGGCCAAGGGCCGUAGCAUUGAAGCUUCUCUCAAGCAUCCUACAGACCCAGACUCCAAUGGCGAAUCCGUUGCGUCGUCAGUUGUUCCCGGCCGUAACAAGUCGGCUACCCCUGGAGUAGGCGGAGACCCCAGCCUGGCGCCCGCUGCCCCAUUACCACAGGGCCUGGGAAUGGCGUCCACGACCAGCGCAGCUGGCAGUCUUCCCAGCACUGGCUUUAUGGAAUCCAACUACGAAGUGUUUGAUCCGUUGAACUGGCUUCUCGAUGGAAUAGUCGACUUCCCGUACUCGUACCCAGUACAAGGCAUGGAGACGCAAGGCUUGGCCUAA